AUGUCUGACCAUUUUGAGCAUGUUACACCCAAAAAUGUAAAUAUUCCAAGAAUAAAGCAACAAACAACAACAACUACUGCCUAUGAAGAUUUUAAAAUACCCGCAAAUUUUCGUCGACCUUCCCAAUCUGUGGAUAGUCGUCCUUCUACAACAACAACAACAACAGUAAAUACAGCAGGAAUACCUGGACGUUUACAAGAUGAUGAUAUUUUUGAUAAUGAAGUGUCUACAUCCUCCCCUCCUGUUAAGAAACACAAAACAUCAGUCCCAAAUUUGCGUCAAAUUUCUACUACUGAAGCAGCGACAACAACAAUAACUACAACAAAUAUUGCUGCUUCUAAACGUUCUCGCGAAUGUUCUCCUCGUAGUUCAAUCUCUUCAAUAUCCCCCCGUUCAACUUCCCCAUCAACAUCUACAACAAUAUUACCCCAUGCAUUAUCUAAAUUUCAAUUUCCUCCAUCUCGGCUAGCCUCUAUGGAACGUUGGAAUGCUGCAUUUAAACAAUCAACUAGUUCCCAACCAGACCAACCAACAACGUCAACUACUUCAUCAACAUCUCAUCAAACUAGACAACAAUCUGUAGGCUUGUUAAGAAUGCCUUCGUUUGCUGGAACUCAACCAAGCCGUCAUGGAAGGCAAAGAAAAUUAACCAAAAGAGUAGUACAAAUGUUGAAUGAAUCAAUGCCUAAACCACCAGAACAUGGACCUGCUUUAAUUCGUCAACAACAAGAAAAAAUUCGAAGACGUCAAAGAAGGGGAGGAGGUGGAAAAGAUGACAACGUUGAAGAGGAAGGUGGUGGUGGAGAAGUGGCAGAUGAAGAUGAAGGAGACGAAUCUUUUGAUGAGGCUGAUGAAGAAGGAGAAGAGGAAACGGAUGAUAGGGCUUGGUGCUAUUGCAAACAGGCAAAUAUGGUUCUUGUCCAGUUUUCUUCUCCAAUAGAGUUCCAUAAUUUUGGUUUUCUGAAGAUCGUUCUAAAAAUUAUAUAUGUAGAAUAUUUUAUUUUUAUUUUAGAUAUGGUCUUAAUUCAAAAAAUAGAUAAAGGACCAACGAAAAAAUAUGACAGACAAUCGGGGUCAAACUCAUCCCCCUCCCCUCGGGAAAGGCAAAGUUGA